CCAAAUAAUUUGAAAAAUGAUGACAUAAAUGAAGAUAACAUAUUAAAAAUUUUAAUUGCUAGUGAUAUUCAUUUAGGUUAUGAACAAACAAUUAAAAGAACUCAAGAAAAUGAUAGCUUUCUAGUUUUUGAAGAAAUUUUACAGUAUGCUAAAAGUUACGAAGUUGAUUUUAUACUUCUUGGUGGUGAUUUAUUUCAUGAAGCAAAACCUCCUCCCAAUGUGAUUACACAAUGUAUUAAUUUAUUAAGAUCAUAUUGCUUGAGUGAUAAAUCUGUAAAAAUACAGCUAUUAACAGAUCCAAAAUUGGUUUUUAAUCAUUGUAAUAAUAAAAAUGUUAACUAUGAAGAUCCAAAUAUAAAUGUUGGAAUACCUGUUUUUACAAUUCAUGGAAAUCAUGAUGAUCCAAGUUUUGGUGCUAUUGGAUCUUUAGAUUUACUUGCUGCUACAGGAUUUGUUAAUUAUUUUGGGAAAUGGACAGAUGUUACUCAAGUUUCAAUUGCUCCAAUAUUAAUUUCCAAAGGUAUUACUACUGUAGCUCUCUAUGGAUUAAGUUAUAUGAAUGAUCAAAGAUUAUCCAGAUUAAUGAGAAAUGAAAAAUUUCAUAUGUUAAGAACUAAUGAAAUUCAGGAUCCUUUUAACAUUUUUAUUUUACAUCAAAACAGAGCACCACACAGUUAUAAUUCUUUUAUUCCUGAAAAUUUGUUGCCAGAUUUCUUAGAUCUUGUUAUUUGGGGACAUGAACACGAAUGCCUCAUUAUACCAGAAGAAUCAAAAUUGAAUAGAAAUAUUCAUAUUUGUCAACCAGGUAGUUCUAUAGCAACAUCAUUAACUCUUGGAGAAGCAAUGCCAAAACACGUAGGAAUCUUAAGUAUAUAUAAAAAUAAAUACCAAAUGGAACCUUUAAAAUUGAAAACUGUUAGACCAUUUGUGUUUGAAGAUUUAGUUUUAAAUGAUUAUAAUAAUGAAAUAACAAUAUUUAAAAGUCGUACAGAAGCAGUAGAAGAGUUUAUUGAUAAUUAUAUUGAAAACAAAUUAAUUUCCAAAGUUGCUAAACUACAAACAGGACAUCAAAAUCAGCCAGAAAUACCAUUAAUACGAUUAAGAAUUUUUUAUAGUGAUGAUCAUGAUAUGUUUCAAACUUUGAGGUUAUCACAGAAAUAUUAUCAUGUAGUAGCUAAUCCAAAUGACAUUAUUGUGUUUCAUAAAUGUUCUUCAAAAUUAAGAAAAAAGGACAUACAAAAAUUUGAAAAUCUAGAAUUAAAUGAAAUAACAAAAAUAUUUAAUUUUGAUAAUAAUACAAAAGAUUGGAAACGAAGUAUUCAAGGAGGAAUGACCGAUUAUUUUAAUGAACAUGAUCGAAUCAAUAAACUUACAGUGUUAUCAUUAACAGGUCUCAAUGGAGCAUUAUUAAGAUUUGUAAACACUAAUGAUACAAAAGCAUUUCAUGACUUAGUAAGACAUCAAAUGAAAAAAACUCUUAAUUAUUUGAUACAAAAUAGUUAUAAUGAUAAAAAAGAAGUUGUCAAAGCAAUUCAAGAUUAUCGCAACAUAAGAAUGCAAAAAAAACAAGAAGAAAAAAUGGAGGAACAAAGUUUUUUUAAUGCAAGAUGUGAUAUGGUUGUAAAAUCUAUCAAAAAUGAUUCUUUAUCUGAUAAUAACAAGGAUAAUUUUACUUUAUUAAGAGGAAAGGGAAGAAGACAGGGAACAAAUAAAAGAAAUCAUUCCAAAAUAUAAAGGUGCCCACAAUUUGACAUCAUAAUCAAUGCCUGAAGUAGCAAGCAUUGGCAAAAACGGAUGAGGUUGCAAACAA